CCCCGCCUGCGUUUACGCAUAUAUAGCGUGCCCCUCAGGCAGGUUUUCUUCAUACGCAACCCCCAGCUUCUUCUCACUGCUACCCCACCAUGGCUCCAAACGUCGAAAAGACCGCGGCGGAGCUCGAGACGAUGAGCAUCUCGCCGUUCGGAACCGCCAGGGCCACAAUCAACGAGAAGCCGCUCAGUGAAGAAGAAGUUCGCAAGAUGAAUAACUACUUCCGCGCGACAAUGUAUCUCUGCUUGGGCAUGAUCUAUCUCAAAGAGAACCCACUUCUCCAAGAACCUCUCAGUCUCAACCAUAUCAAGCGCCGACUGCUUGGUCAUUGGGGCUCUGACGCCGGCCAGAGCUUCACCUGGAUUCACAUGAACCGCCUUAUUAAGAAGUAUGACCUUGAUGCUAUCUUCAUUUCGGGCCCAGGUCACGGUGCGCCAGCUGUUCUCUCAAACUCGUACCUUGAGGGUGUCUACUCCGAGGUAUAUCCGGACAAGAGUGAAGACAUUGAGGGAAUGAGGCGCUUCUUCAAGCAGUUCUCUUUCCCAGGUGGAAUUGGCUCCCACGCUACACCCGAGACACCAGGCAGCUUGCACGAAGGUGGUGAGCUUGGAUACUCCAUCUCCCACGCUUUCGGUACCGUCUUCGACCACCCAGACCUGAUCUCAGUUACAAUGGUUGGUGAUGGCGAAGCCGAGACUGGCCCCCUGGCUACGAGCUGGCAUUCGACCAAGUUUCUCAACCCAAUCACAGAUGGCGCAGUCCUACCAGUUCUUCAUCUCAAUGGCUAUAAGAUCAAUAACCCCACUAUCCUAGCUCGAAUCAGCCACGAGGAGAUCGAGGCUCUCUUCGUAGGAUAUGGCUGGACACCUUACUUCGUCGAAGGAAGUGACCUGCCAACUAUGCAUCAGGCAAUGGCCAGCACUAUGGAGCGUUGCAUUACAGAGAUUAAGGGAUAUCAGAAGCAAGCCCGUGAAUCUGGCAAGGCUUUCCGACCUCGAUGGCCCAUGAUUGUCCUUCGAACACCGAAGGGUUGGACAGGACCCAGGAAAAUCGGCGACCACUUUAAUGAGGGUUUCUGGCGCGCACACCAAGUUCCAAUUCCCGACGUCGCCUCCAACAAAUCCCACUUGAAAAUUCUCGAGGACUGGAUGCGUAGCUACGAACCUGAGAAGCUGUUCGACAAGUCAGGCGCCCUCAUCCCUGAACUCAAGGCUUUGGCUCCAUCUGGUGUUAGGAGGAUGAGCGCGAAUCCAGUCGCCAACGGUGGUAUUCUCCGACGCAAGCUACACAUGCCCGACUUCCGCACUUAUGCCACCGAGGUCAAGAAAAGCGGAGUCACCAAUGUGGGCAGCAUGGCUCUGUUCGCGACUCUCCUGCGGGAUAUCGUGAAGAAGAAUCCAAACCACUUCCGUGUCUUCGGUCCAGAUGAGACAGAGUCCAACAAACUCGGUGCCAUCUACGAGGCAGGGAAAAAGGUCUGGCUUGGUGAAUAUUUCGAGGAGGAUGCUGAUGGAGGCAAUCUCGUUACUGAGGGCCGAGUUAUGGAAAUGCUGAGCGAGCACACUUGUGAGGGCUGGCUCGAAGGCUAUAUCCUAUCGGGCCGACAUGGCUUUCUCAACAGCUACGAACCGUUCAUCCAUAUCAUCGACUCCAUGGUCAACCAACACUGCAAGUGGCUAGAGAAGUGUCUCGAGGUUGAAUGGCGUGUCAAGGUCGCGUCGCUCAACAUCCUCCUCACUGCCACAGUCUGGAGACAGGAUCAUAACGGAUUUACCCACCAGGAUCCUGGCUUCCUUGACGUCGUAGCGAACAAGAGCCCAGAAGUCGUCCGGAUCUACCUUCCGCCAGAUGCAAAUUGCCUUCUCUCGGUUGCCGAUCACUGUCUCCGAAGUGCAAACUAUGUUAACGUCAUCGUUGCCGACAAGCAAGAUCAUCUUCAAUACCUAGAUAUGGAGCAAGCGAUCGCCCACUGUACCAAGGGUCUUGGUAUCUGGGAUUGGGCCAGCAACGAGCAGGGCGAAGAACCGGAUGUCGUCAUGGCAUGCUGCGGUGAUGUCCCUACCCAUGAAUCACUGGCUGCCACAGCUCUCCUUCGCCAGCAUCUUCCGCAAUUGAAGAUUCGUUUCGUUAACGUUGUGGACCUCUUCAAGCUGAUCCCAGAGAAGGAGCAUCCGCAUGGUCUCUCCGACCGGGAAUGGCGUGCCAUCUUCACUGAUGAUAAGCCCGUCAUCUUUAACUUCCACUCAUAUCCGUGGCUCAUCCACCGUUUGACAUACAAGCGCAAAGGCCAGCAUAAUCUCCAUGUCCGUGGAUACAAGGAGAAGGGCAACAUCGACACUCCCUUGGAACUUGCAAUCCGCAAUGAGACCGAUCGAUUCAGCUUAGCCAUUGAUGCCAUUGACCGCCUGCCUGUGCUCGGAAACACAGGCGCUGCUGCUCGCGAGGCAUUGCUGAAUGAACAGAUCAAGGCUAGGAAUUAUGCUUUCCAUGAAGGGAUUGAUCCAGAGGAGUUGAGGGCAUGGGUCUGGCCAUUUUAGGUCCUAUUCCUUCAUUCCUUCUCGCCGUUAUGAGAAGCCUAUGCGAUGACUUGACGGCCUGUAUCAUAUUAACGCUCUCCUUCCUUCCCUCUUUCAAUUCACAAAGCUUUUGAUACAGGCGUUCUGAUAUGCAGGCCAUUUGGAGCUUAGGGGGUUAUCUUGUAUUCAAAAAUUCAUAAUGGUAAUGAAGGGGUUUCGGUCGAUAGACGCAACUAGGAAUUACAUUGUUUUUGGACACUUUAUGAUGCGCGUAUCUCCAACUAUCGCUAGAUUACUGCUUUGACCUAACUCUCGAAGUCUUUCUAGGUUGGCAGGUUAGCAGGUUGGCGGGUGAUCACUCAGCUUCACUACUGAAACUUUCAGUCAUGCGUUCCCUUCCAUUGCAGCUAGAAAGUGUCGACUUUCCUUCACAGCCACGCUCACUACUUAUCUCUGUUUGUUUAAUGAUGCACGCCUUCAUUAGAGUAGAUCUUCCGG